AUGGCAACCACAGUUUCAGGAAUAGCAGAAUUAUGCAAAGUACAUGAUGUGGAUAUUUUAGAAACCAUGAUUAAAUCAGAAGUACAUAAGAAAGUGGUGUGUUCGCUUGAUCAACAACUUCCAACUUGGUGUAAUCAGAUUGAUACAGUAUAUGUGGUUAAUG